AUAUAUAAUAUAUCAUAUAUAUGGGCUUGGAGCUUGGUGUUGUUGUAAAAUGGAUAAGUCUUGGGUAUGGCUGCCAAGGAAUAGCAUCGAGUAUGAGAAAGGAGCAACUACAUUUGUUUAUUCAUCAGCGAGGAGUUUGACUGGCUUAACUGGGAAAAAGGACCAGUGUGAAGAGGUAUCUAAAUCAGAGGCUAGUGAUCAUAGUAAAGGUGUUAGAUGCCAGCUUCUUGAUUGGUGUUCAGAGGAUGAUGUUGUUGUAGGAGAAGGGGAAUUCUGCUCAGCUGAACAAUGGUACAAGAUUGGUCGUAUUCCACUUGGUCGUCAUGCUGCGGCUGUUAUUGUGAAGUCAGUGUCUGAUGAAACAGCCUCUCUAUGGAGACCUACACCAUCUGUAUUCUUACUUGGUGGAGCUUUGGGGACCAAGAUUGCCUGGCCUUUUGAUAAGAUCAUUCUAGACAAUGAUGCAGACUCUCCUAUUGAGAAUAAGACUGCAGGAUCCUCAGCUACAGAUGGAUCUCACACAAAAAUCCUCAUAAUUGAUUGGAAUUUGGCUGACUCUGUGGUUGCUGAGGGAAGAUUGUGUUCAACUGACAAGGACGAAAUGGUCAACAAUAUGCCUCUUGGUCAUUCUGCUGGAAUUGUUAAUGUUGAGAAAGUGUUUAACAAGAACGCAUAUCUGUGGAGACCAAGUCCGGGAAAGUUUUUGAUGAAGGAUGUACUACAUGAGAACAUCGCAUGGCCUCUUCAGAGUAUACAAUUUGUGAAUUCCUCACCAAGGAAUGAAUCAGCAGCAGCAGAUAAAAGACCAUCUCCUCCACUGAGCUUAAGUAACAGCACUGGUAGCACUGGUAGCAAAUCAGUCAAGAAGAAAUGCAUCUUGUUAGAUUGCAAAAACUCCAGGGAAAAAGUAGCAGAAGGAAGAGUAUGUCCAUCUAAUCCAUCUGACACAGUCCAUCAUAUGCCUCUUGGUGCCAAUGCGAGCAAGGUUUGGGUAGAAGUGUCCAAGGUUGGAGAUGCAGCUGUGUGGAGACCAAACUCUGAAAUUCAAACCAUUGCCGAUGCAGUAGUACUUGCUAAGGCAUGAUCAUGUAAUUUGACAUGUUUAUCUAAUAUGAAUUUCAUUUUGUCGUUUUAAAUCUGUUUUAUAUAAUCUUAAUUUGUAAAUAAUUUGAUCAAAACAGAAUUGAAACUGGAAAUGGAUGGUCAAAUAUUGCACCAAAACAAAAUGCCAUAAAUUGAAACAAUUGCA